GUUGUGGAGACGUUUCUGUGUCAGGUCAACAGCCGGGAGGUUUGAUGCUCCAUGUGCAGGAAAUACUAUCAACUCUACCAACUACAGUGCCAUCCAGAACAUGUCAUUUAACAUUAAUUUAGGGCGAUACAAGUGACCUUGAAAGUGUUCAUGUAGGAUAACAGAAUGACGUAAGGAUGCCGCGAUGAAACUAAAACAAUAUUGAUAGGUUGUGUUUGUUAGGAUACAUUAUGUGGAAAAGAUCUCUGAGUGCAGGCUACACAUGCUAUGGUUGCAGGAGUGUUGGACCAAAGAGACUUUGGGGCUACCAUGCAGUGCGGUCAUGCAGCGCUCCAGCCUUACCUGCAGGCCGGAUCACAGCUCGACAGGCAGCAGAUUUAUGGGAAAGACACUUUGCUGAGAGAGGCGUGACGGAGCCCGACCACUCCAGCCAUUACAUCCUUGCUUAUCUGCUCGGGGCUAAAACUAUAGAAAGUCUUGAGCAGGAGAAGUUAACAGAGUUUCUCAGUCCAGAAAAAACUGAGCAGAUGUGGAAGCUCUGCUCUAAACGCCUAUCCAGGAUGCCUGUGCAGUAUGUGAUUGAAGAGUGGGACUUCAGAGAUCUGACACUGAAGAUGAAACCUCCUGUGUUCAUACCAAGACCUGAAACUGAGGAGUUGGUUGAACUGGUGCUCACUGAUCUGCAGAUGAAGCCAGGGACUGAAGUUGGUACACAGGAAACAUGCUUGGAAGUGGGAUGUGGCUCUGGUGCUAUUUCUCUCAGUCUGCUGAAGAGUUGGCCUCAGCUUAAAGCCAUCGCUGUGGAUCAAAGCCAGGAUGCGGUGGAUUUAACAGGAGAGAAUGCUUUAAGGUUGGGGCUUCAGGACAGGUUACAAAUCCAUCAUUUAGAUGUAAUGAAAGAUGCAGAAACAGUGUUGAGCCUCUGUAGCUCUGUCUCUGUUUUGGUCAGCAACCCCCCGUACCUGUUUUCAGAGGAUAUGACGGCGCUGGAACCUGAAGUGUAUCGGUUUGAAGACCAUGCUGCUUUGGAUGGAGGGAACGAUGGCCUAGAAGUGAUCAAACAAAUUUUGACUCUGGCUCCACAGAUUUUAUCAGAUCAUGGCCGUGUUUACUUGGAGGUGGAUCCCAGACACCCUCCGCUCAUUCAACGGUGGGUGGAGGUGAAUGUGGAAGAGAUGCAUUAUGUGGAGACAAGGCACGACAUCAGCGGCAGGCCGCGUUUCUGCAUCCUUCGCAAAGAGAAGGACCACAAGUUGGAUCUGGAUUGAGAAACUGAGAUCCUAUUACGCUGGCAUUAGCCCAGGUCGCCUCAGCCCCCCGCCCCCACUGAGCUGCCGAGCGCGCGCUCGCACCCAUCUGAUCACUCAAUAUUCACAAUCUGCCGUGGCUCAAAUUAUUUUCAUGUCACUGUAAUACUUCACCUGGUAACAGUUGUUAUCACAUCCUCCGCCACAAUAAAAUGUGUGCGAGAUGGCACCAAAGCAGGCUCAGAGCUGAAGGUAAUUACUGAGGCUUUUCUUAGAACCCUCCCUCUCAGAAUCUCCCUCCCGCUCCCAGGAAGCUCUCAGUACUUCUGUGAAUUCGCUGAUGAACGGUCCUCCCCUUUCCUCGUCCACUCGCUGACUCAGAUGCAGGCUGUACGCAUUGUUGAGCAAAAUCACACACAAUCUGGCCUUCACUUCCUCACACAAUCUGCAUCUCACACACUUGAAGCUCAAAGGCCAGUCUUUGUGUUCAAAGGUGAUUUGUGAAAAAGUGACUCAAAAACAAACCAUCAUGUGGUGGUGAAUAAUAAAGAUGAGGAAAUAAAAAUUAUUAAGAAGACAGCAAGUAAGUUCAUUAUUUUAAUAGAAAAAUGUACACAUGUAAAAGGUAGAAAAAAUGUUUUACUGAGAAAAAUAAAACGGCAUAAAA